AACUGAGAAGGAAAAUGGCAAUCUGAACCAGCAAAAGGAUUUCCGCAGCGUCAGCGCGUUCUCACACACAUAGGAACAAGAAAACUAACUCUUUUUCUGCCCUCUGUCCGGUUCUUAGAACCUUGAUUUACAGAGAUCUUGCAUUGACUCUCCCAAAUUGCGAAAAUUAAUGACGAAAUUACAGUCACCGAUAAAGGAGGAGACUUAAACUUUCCUAGGCCCACUUUGGGAGGCAGCCCAUUAGAAAGCCCGAGAAAGGCUUUUGGAAUUUUGUUGGGAGUUGGGAACAAUCGUCCCAGUGACAAAGUUUCUUCGCUGAUUUCCUGGAAGCCUCAAGAUUCAGUCAGGAAAUAGCAUGAAGAUUGUUCGGAAAGACCUUGUACGCAAUGGACCUGGUAGUGUUAAGAUGGUGGCAGUGGAUUCGGAUGAUCUAUGGUAUGCUUAUAACUUGAUUGCUCCAGGUGAUUCUGUCAUGGCAGUUACUGUUAGGAAGGUUCUUAGAGAAGCUGCUUCUGGUGGCCGGGAAGCAGAACGGAUCAAGCUCAAAUUGGAAAUUAAAGUUGAAGAGGUUGCAGAUUACGACAAAGAAGGCUCUAUGUUGCGAAUUCGUGGAAAGAACAUAUUAGAGAAUGAACAUGUUAAGAUAGGAGCAUUCCAUACUUUGGAACUCGAGCUACAGCGACCCUUUGUUCUUAGAAAGGAGGUUUGGGAUUCGUAUGCUUUGGAAGUACUGCAGCAGGCCUCUGAUCCCAGUGCAAGUGCUGAUUUAGCUGUCGUUUUGAUGCAAGAAGGACUAGCCCAUAUCCUACUUAUUGGUAGAAGUAUGACUAUUACCCGUUCUCGGAUAGAAACCUCAAUUCCUCGCAAGCAUGGACCUGCUAUUGCUGGUUAUGAGUCAGCUUUGAAUAAGUUCUUCGAAAAUGUUUUACAGGCUUUCUUGAAACAUAUAGAUUUCAAUGUGGUUCGCUGCGCUGUAAUCGCAAGUCCAGGAUUUACAAAGGAUCAGUUUCAUCGUCACUUAUUUUUGGAGGCAGAAAGAAGACAGCUGCGCCCUAUUAUUGAAAACAAGUCGCGCAUUAUUCUUGUGCACACAACCUCGGGAUACAAGCAUAGUUUAAAGGAGGUUCUUGAUGCUCCAAAUGUUAUGAAUAUGAUUAAAGAUACUAAGGCAGCACAAGAGGUUCGAGCUAUGAAGGAUUUUUAUGACAUGCUUUCAAAUGAUCCAGCCCGAGCUUGCUACGGAGCUAAACAUGUUGAGGUCGCCAAUGAACGAUUAGCUGUGCAAACGCUUCUUAUUACAGAUGAUCUUUUCAGGAAUUCAGAUAUAGCAACAAGACAAAAGUUUGUCGAGUUGGUCAACUCAGUUAAGGAUUCAGGAGGCUCUGUCCAUGUAUUUUCAUCCUUGCAUGUCUCUGGAGAACAGCUAGCACAGAUAAGUGGCAUUGCCGCAAUUCUUCGGUUUCCUCUGCCUGAUCUUGAAGACAUUGAAAUGUAAUGUUGCAACAGCAUCCUUUGUGAUAAUAACCUGUAUUGCUUGGUAUUUAUAUGUUGAAAUUAACACUCACCAUCAUAUAUGAAUCUGUAAUUCUUUGUAUUGUUAUGUUUAUAAAAUAAUUUUUCACCGGAGAUGGGAAACAAAAGUAGGCAUCUAGUCUCUACUUUUUCCCACUUAAAGUUAUACACGAGAAUGACAAUGCAUUGCGGAAA